AUGCCCGACCAGUUAAGCACAACCAGCCAACGCCGCCGCGCCUCCCGCGCAGCAGCAGCAUCCCCCUCCCCGCCGCCCCCAGCCCCCGUCGCCCAAACGCCCGGCCCGCGCGCAUCGCGUCUCCAAGCCGUCUUCGAGCAGGCGCUGGCGCGCACGCUACGCGCGAACUCCUUCGCGAAUUUCUCGGGGUGUUUUCCUACCCCGGCGACGCAUGUCCCCGGGAGUCUGGAGUCCGUGUGGAGGCAGUUGAACGCGAAGCUGGAGGAGAGUGCCAAGGCGGAGUUUGAGGAUAUUUUGCAUGAGAGAAAUGCGAUUGGGCAGUUGAAUGAGCUUGAUCGGUUGGUGGGGGAGGCGCGGUUUAGGAGGGAUAAUUAUGAUAAGGAGGGGGAGGGGGGGGAGGGGGUUGUUGCACCGCAUACACUCUCUCCGGAUGAGCUUUACAAGGCCCGUCUUGCGCCCUAUUUGCAGGAAGCGCAGGAGGCGCUGGACGUGAAGAUCGAGACGACGCAUGCUCAGAACGAGGAACUGUCGCAGAAGGUCCAGGCCCAGCGGAUGGAAAUUGAUAGUCUGUUGAAGAAUCUGGAGGCCGUGGUUGGUGACCUCGAGGGCGCUGCUGCUGCUGCUAGCCAGUUUACCUCCGAGAGUGAUCUCCGCAAGGAUGCGAUACAGAUGGAGGAAGAGCUGCGGACGCAGUCUGAGAAUUGA